AUGGCCACGGCAAACUCUGCUCCUGCGGGGGACCUGACGACGCAGGUCCUCCAGGCUCUGUCGACGCAGAGCCCGAUCCAGUCGGUUGAUGUCUUCCCGGCCGUGCCGGCGCAGGAAUUGAAGGGUGCCCUCGACCGGCUGGGGUCCCGAUUGAUGAUUACAUACGAGACGAUCGAGCGGGAAGAGGCCAUCCUCGAGGCCGAAGCAGAACAGAUUGCCCAGCACGGUUCCCACGAGGCCCGGGUGUUUGAGGCGCUGAAGCAGGCCAUGGACGGGCUGACGGUGCAGGAGCUGGAAAGUGCAAUCGGCGACAAGAACGUGACGAAGCUGGGCCAGGGCAAGGCCUUCCGAGAGAAGUGGAUAGCGAAGAGCAAGGAUGGCAAGCUCGUGGCGACGGCCGACUCGAUCGAAGACGUGACGCGCGCACAGCUGCAGAAGAUCAAGGAGGCCAGGACGGGCGAGGCCAAGGUGCUCAACGACCUCAAGAAGCGCAAGCUCAUCCGGAUGCAAAAGAUUGUCGCCUUCAGGAUGGCCAAGGGACCCAAGUUUGCGCUCGAGAUCGCCAAGGAGGAGACGGACCUGACGGCGGAGAUGAUCGCCUCGGGCGCGUGGAAGACGGCGACGUUCAAGCCGUACAACUUCAAGGCGCUCGGCUCGGACCAGCAGGCGGGCGCGCUGCACCCGCUCAACAAGGUCCGGCACGAGUUCCGGCAGAUCUUCUUCGAGAUGGGCUUCGAGGAGAUGCCGACCAACAAGUUCGUCGAGACGGGCUUCUGGAACUUUGACGCCCUCUUCGUGCCGCAGCAGCACCCGGCGCGAGACCUGCAGGACACCUUCUACAUCUCGGACCCCAAGGUCGGCGACAAGCCCCGACCGCAGGGCGAGGGCCAGGACACGGAGGCGUACUGGAACAACGUGAAGGAGGUGCACCAGGACGGCAAGUACGGCUCCAUCGGCUACCGGUACCCGUGGGCGGCCGACGAGGCGCUCAAGCUCGUGCUGCGGACGCACACGACCUCCAUCUCGGCCGCCAUGCUCCACAAGCUCGCGGCGACCAAGGGACCGGACGGACGGCCGAAGCCGGCUCGGUACUUUUCCAUCGACCGCGUCUUCCGCAACGAGACGGUCGACGCGACCCACCUGGCCGAGUUCCACCAGGUCGAGGGCGUCAUCGCCGACUACGGCCUCUCCCUCGGCGGCCUCAUGGAGUUCAUGGAGGUCUUCUUCGGCAAGAUGGGCAUCACCGACCUCAAGUUCAAGCCGGCCUACAACCCGUACACGGAGCCGAGCAUGGAGAUCUUCUCCUUCCACAAGGGCCUCAACAAGCUCGUCGAGAUCGGCAACAGCGGCAUGUUCCGGCCCGAGAUGCUCGAGGCCAUGGGCCUGCCCAAGGACAUGCGCGUCUUCGGCUGGGGCCUGAGCCUCGAGCGGCCGACCAUGAUCAAGUACAAGAUCUCCAACAUUCGCGAGCUCCUCGGCCACAAGGUCGACCUCGGCUUCAUCGAGCGGAACCCGGCGGUGAGGUUGGAGCAAAAUUAA